AUUAAUGCCUCGCUGUACGGCGGCAGGUUGCUGAUCAGAUGCCAUUCAGCCACGAGAACGGAUUUACACCGCAAACGGAUUUGACAACAUUACCAUCCUCCAUCUCUUGCUUGAUCCUGUGUUUCCUGGGAACUCUGAGACCUGCCUCUGCUUCCUCGGCUGGGUCUGUCUUAUUGUCUUUUGGGUCCCUGCUCCCCUAAAGAUGCUAUAAAUCUGCAGAAUCUUCUGUCGAGGAAGGGGACAUAAUGCAUCACUUUUAAAGGCGAGUGAUCUUCUGUGAAGGGACCAGCUUUGUGGUAUAUGUAAAGCUGACUCAGCGAACCAAUACAAAAGCGUGAGUUUGAUCGAGAUCUUGAAGAAGCAAUUACAAAGAUAGAGACAGAGUGGACAGUAUGAGCCAGUGCUGAAUGGGAUAACUUUUACAAAACUCCACGUUCAAACGAAUAACUAAUCACAAUUAAAGGAGCUAUGAGAUUGGAGAAUAACUCUAAUGGUGGUGUCAUCUGCAAAAGAGGGAUUUGAUAAUCUGACCAGAGAGAGUGCUGCUGCAUCGGCUGCUUUUCGGAGUCAACAUGCAGAUGAUUUCACACCUCCCUUCCCUUCUUCCUCUUUUGCUCAGCACCUUUAUUGAUCAUUUUAGCAUUUUUACCUUUGUCUAGCUGCGAGCUGGAAUUCAUCUGGACGUAUUUGUCGACGAGACUGGAACUGGACUAAAAGACUGGCCCUUGCGGGAUAUUGAGUUUUCUACCUCCGGAAUUCUAUUGGGUGUAUUCGAAUGUCUGAUUGUGAGUGUGUGAGUUAGUUUGUGGUGGUGUGUGGAUGUGAUUUAGGGAACGUCUGCCUUGCUGAGUUUUAACUAUUUCUGUCUUCUUGCUUGGAUUUUGAUUUCAUUUUUUUAAUGUCUGCCAUUCCUGGCUGGCAUUUUGCCUUGUGCUGCCUAUGUCUGCCGAGUGCCCAGCCUUGGGGUUAACCCUUAGUGUGCCACAGGGAAGAUGAGUGACAGCUCUGUGAACAACUCGGGGGCUAUGGUGCUGGAGGAGCCAGAGGGACGGGGUGGCUCUGGUGGACGUGAACAAGACCAGGCCCCUGUGCGUGGUGGGGCAUUAAGGUGUGGGACCUGCGCCCUAUGGCCUCGCCAGCAGACCUGGCUCUGCGUGGUUCCACUUUUCAUCGGCUUCAUAGGCCUGGGGCUCAGUCUGAUGCUGCUCAAAUGGAUUGUAGUGGGUUCGGUGAGAGACUACGUGCCUACAGACUUGGUGGAUGCCAAGGGAAUUGGCCAGGACCCCAUCUUUCUGUCCAAGCCUAGCACUUUUCCUAAGGGAUCUGACACCACUACCACCACCACUACCAUUGGAGGGGUCAGCUCAGUCAGCCCCACUGUCACCACAGUGUUGCGGGGCAGAACUCGAACAGGAAGCCCCCCAAACAUACCCGCUAGAGGUGGCGGGGCAUCAGGCAGCCAGGUGACACAGAAGAGCCCUACACGCUUUGUCACACGCAAUCCCACCUUUACAACCACCGUGGCCUCCACCACCACGUCUACUGUCCAAACAUCCACCUCGAGCCCCUCUCCCUCCAACCCCACCGUUCUAAACGACUCCACCCAAAUGUGGACCAGAGAGCAGUCAUCCACUGAGAGGCACGUGACCACGCCUGGACGAACCCAUGUCAACCGAAAGACACCAUUGCCAACUCUACCACCUUUGAAAUCUGAGCAUUUCAAGCCAUGUCAGGAGAAAGACCUGGCCUACUGCCUGAAUGAAGGGGAGUGCUUUGUCAUCGAGACCCUGAGCGGCCCACACAAACACUGCAGGUGUAAAGAGGGCUUCCAGGGUAUUCGCUGUGACCAGUUCCUGCCCAAGACUGACUCCAUUCUGUCUGACCCAAUGGAUCACUUGGGCAUUGAGUUCAUGGAGAGCAAGGAGGUGCACACAAGACAAGUGAUGUCUAUCACAUGUAUUGCCAUGGGGAUCAGCUUUCUAGGCACCCUCUGUAUGGCUCUCUACUGUCGGAACAAGAGGCGGAGAGAAAAGCUCCAGGCCCACUUGAAAGAGAGCCGCAGCCAGAAAAACUACAACCUCAACUCUUCCAGCCUGGCCCCCAAACCCAGCCUCAGGCUACAGCAAGCCAUGCAGCUACAGAAAUAUUAUAAACCCACAAAGUCCUCCCCACCAUAUGGAGGCACUGUCCGAGAGUCCAGUUUCACUCAGAACACUGCUGCCUCUUCUCAUCCACAGGGCAAACAUCCCAGGAGCAGUUCUCUCUCUCACAGUCCAGAUCAAAGUUGUCGUCCUGCUCUUCGGUCUGCCUCCCGCAAAACUCCACCCAUAACCAGAGGACGUCUCAAUGCCAUUGGAGGAUCACGAGAUUCUGGUCCCGCCUACCAGCACUUGCAGGAAGUAGACAGCUCAGAGAGGGAGUCAGUGAGAAGGAACAUCUUGGGCCCAGUUAAUGACCUACAUCAGGACUCCUUUUACAAUAUGCAAGCUUCACAAUCCUCUAAAUCAUGUAGCGGUCAGUUAGACUGCAGGUCUGCUAGGAGCCUCAGGUCAGGCCCCCCUAGCCAAUGUUCUCCUGCUCCCUACCGACCCUGCUCUAUCCCCAUCAUCCCCUCUGUCCACUCCUACCAGGACGAGGUCUCCUGUAUGCAAACAGCCUCUACUAAUGGAAGCAGCCACAGUUCAGCUUCCCUGGAAAGCACAGUGGAUGGUUCUGCUGUCAUUCAACAGUCUAACGCAACAGUGUCAAAUCGAGUGUCUGGUAGACGAGCAGAAGUGGCCUCUUUACUAGACAAGGUUCAACAGCUCAGAGCCCUAGCACAUGCCCAGAGGAAACAAGAGGACAUCGGUGGCUCCAUUCCUCAGGGGGCCAAAGAGACUGUGUGCAUCCUUUUAGCAAAUGGGGGUGAGCAAGGGUUAGUGGCCUCUUUUGGCCCCACAGAGACUCAAUUAGUGAGCCCAAGAGACACAUACAAAUAUGCCACAAAGACUGGCCAAUGAGAGGGUUUGAGAUGGGUCAACCAGACUAACCACAAACAUCAGACUUCAGAGUGCUCUGCCAACCUGGGAUACUACUGAACCAUGCAAUUUUUGAGGACUUGCUGUGAGUAGAAGUAUGGGAGGGUGACAUUCUCAAACAUGUGAAAAGAUAAUUUAUUUAUAUGCAUUUAUUUAAGGAGAAACUUCUACUUAGAAAAAGAAACCAAAUAGUCUGUCAUCUCCAUGGUGUUUUUAAUUGUAUAAAAUUUACAUAAAUAUAUAUAAAUGGAUAUAAAUAUAUGAAGUCAAAUUGGUGACCAAGUAAAAAAGUGGAAUAUGGGAAUGAGAAACUUUUUUAAAUGUAUGAGCUCCUCCCCAUCUUAAAAAGACUAAAUGCUUGGUGGUUAAAAAUAUAUAUAAAAAAGGAAUUGUUUUUUUCACUUGUUCCACUCCAUAUUUCCAUCCAAGCUGAGCUUGUCCAACACACAAUCUUGUGUUUUGCACCUGCAGCAUCUAAGUUUACUAUCACCCACCCAGUCACUGUCCUCUGCCCUGCCAAGGAAUAUGGCUUCAUCUGCCUUGAGAACAGUGCAAACGGAACAUGGAUUACAAUCAGACAAAACAUCUAAAUGAUAAUCAUGUACAGUCAUGAGGUAACUGAUAGUUAAGCACUGCCUCCAAGUCAUUGAUUGGAAGAAAUUGGUGUGUCUGUCAGUUUGUGGAGCAAUCUGCAUUGUUUUCUGUGCCUCAGUGUGCUCACUCCUCCUCAAUUAAUUUUGGUUCAGAUAAAAGCAAAGAUAACCUAAGUGAACAGAGCACAUUGUACUGCACACCACCUGAGAUGCACAAAUGUGGCAUCGCCUCUCUGAAUGGAGAGAGAUGAUUCCUGCACAGGAUAAGAGUGGGUAGGCAAAACCAACAUGAGGAGCUUCUGUGUUUUUUGUUUUUUUCUAAUGGAAUGAACUGCUGCUUUAUGAAGAAGGAAAAGGCGGGUGAUAGCAGUGGUCACAAUGAGUCUGUAUGCUACCUUUUGUAUUGGGACAUACUAUUUCUGUGAUUUUUCUACCAAAUGUGGUUAGAAAGAAAAAUUAAUAAUGAAUCGUUGGUGAAGCUGUUUCUUUGUUUCUUUUUUUUUUUCUUUUUUUUUUUUUUUUUUCUGACCCACAAUUCACACAAUUGUGCAUGUUGAUGGUAUUGUUUUGCAGAGUUAAGCCAUGAAGACGGACAGUUAUUGGGUUUGGUAACAGUAUUUGAUAAAUGUCACAAUUGUAUUCAAAAGUCACAUGCCCUGAAUGAUUUACAUGGAGUAAAAGGCAUUAUAAGUGACAAGCCUGCUUAUUUCAGCCUAAAUCCUGGUGUAACAACUUAAAACAAAUAAAUGGUCUGCUAAGUUUAUAGAUCAGUCUAAAUAGCUGCAUUAUAUGCUGUUGAGUGUCUGUUCAUGCUUCUUUCUGAAUUUCUGUAUUUUUGUUUUAAUGUGCUGUUUCUCUUUAAACAUUUUUUAAGAGUGCCAGAUGUGGCUCUGUUUUAUAUCCUUCUUUGUCUUCAAUGCAUCUUGAAUUUAUCUAUCACCAGAGAAUCUGUGUCCACCCUGCCAACCCAAGGCCAAGAUAAAACAAAACAUCUCCUGUUAAGGAAGCAAAGAAAAGGUUAGUCUGUGGCAAAAAGGGGCUAUAAGGGUAGACAGAUAAGAGUCUCGCAUGAUCUUAUAAGACCUUUCCAUGGCAGAGGCAAUGCCCCCAUCAGUGAAUAGCUACGUGGACAGCAUGUCUGUAAAGCUAUAUUAUAAAACACCACCACCAUCAUGUGAAAUGAUGCUGUGAUGCAUCAGAAGUGACAUGAUACUGAAAAUGGAGAUCUGGGAAAUCUGGAUAGAUUUGGAUCUUAAAGGUGGAUUAUAAUACUAUAUUAAUGAUUCAAAAGGUUUGGGUUAGUCAUGGUGUAUCUAUGCACUGCAUGUAUUAAAAUAAAAGUGGUUGGGGUGUCCUUUA